UUUGUUUCCUGCGGCUACCCUACUCCACCCCCUGCUUCCCCCAGCAGCCUUCACUCAGCCUGCCAAAAAAAUGACCUAAUUGCCAGCCGUGUCUUGCUAAGGAAACAGCCUUUGAGAGCCUUCCUUGGUGAGGAGGGGUUGAUUUCCAUGGCUCUCCUCCUUCCCUCCUUCCCUUCUGCCUCUGUUUUUGCAGCUAGGGAUCAAGCUGGCAGCCUUGUGCGUACCGUACAUACCAUGUAAGCACUUUACUAUGGAACUGUGUAAGCGCUCCACCGCUGAGCUACGUGAGCGCUCCACCGCUGAGCUACGUGAGCGCUCCACCGCUGAGCUACGUGAGCGCUCCACCGCUGAGCUACGUGAGCGCUCCACCGCUGAGCUACGUGAGCGCUCCACCGCUGAGCUACGUGAGCGCUCCACCGCUGAGCUACGUGAGCGCUCCACCGCUGAGCUACGUGAGCGCUCCACCGCUGAGCUACGUGAGCGCUCCACCGCUGAGCUACGUGAGCGCUCCACCGCUGAGCUACGUGAGCGCUCCACCGCUGAGCUACAGGGCUUUGCAAGGAGAAAGAAGAUCUCUCUGUGGUUUGUGGGCUCUCUGCUGCUGGUGUCCACCCUCAUCCUCACCAUUGGCCUUGCUGCUACCACCAGGACUGAGAAUGUGACUGUGGGCGGCUACUACCCAGGGAUUAUCCUGGGCUUUGGGUCCUUCCUGGGAAUCAUUGGCAUCCACCUGGUGGAGAAUAGAAGACAAAUGCUGGUGGCGGCCAUUGUGUUCCUCAGCUUUGGGGUGGUGGCAGCGUUCUGCUGUGCCAUAGUGGACGGCGUGUUCGCAGCCCGGCACAUUGAACCAAGGCCUCUCAGUGCAGGAAGAUGCCAGUUUUACUCCAGUGGGGCUGGGUACUUGUACGAUGUCUAUCAGACAGAGGUCACCUGCUACUCUUUGAGUGGGAGAUGCCAACUGAAGGUGAGGAGUAACACAUGCUACUGCUGUGACCUCUAUGCCUGUGGGAGCGCAGAGCCCUCGCCUGCCUACUAUGAAUUCGUGGGCGUGCGUAGCUGUCGGGAUGUGGUCCACCUGUACCGGCUGCUCUGGGCAUCCACAGUGCUGAACGUAUUGGGCCUUUGCCUGGGCAUUGUCACAGCUGCAGUGCUGGGGGCCUUCAAGGACAUGGUCCCUCUGUCUCAGCUGGCCUAUGGCCCAUCGCCACCACCUCAGAUCCUCUACAACCCAGCACAGCAGAUCCUAGCCUACACCGGCUUGUGCCCUCCGUCUAUGAGUGUGCCAACCUGUUCCUCCUACCCUCUGCCACUACAGGUGCCCAGAACUUCUCCAUAGACACAUCCCAAGAGAGGUGAAAGAGUGGACAUUGUUUUGCAGGCACUGAGGGGGCCCUCUUACCUUUCCACAGGCAAGUUGCUAUUCUUUUUUUUUCUUUUUUUCGGAGCUGGGGACCGAACCCAGGGCCUUGUGCUUGCUAGGCAAGCGCUCUACCGCUGAGCUAAAUCCCCCAAAAGUUGCUAUUCUUACGUUAACAGUCUACCCGGGUCCUCUGUGUGGCUGUGGGUGGAGUGUGAUGUGUGUGCUGGCUUACCAGGUGACAAGUUAGGACCUGGUAACCAUCCUGUCCAAUCCAGGCCAUUUGUUGUGGGCCUAGGAAGGUGCCCAGACCCCUGGAAAACCCUGGUGGCCUGACCCAUCCACCACUACCUGAUGUCGUCUGUCAGAGGAUCCCAUUGGACGUGGCGGGGAACCAGGAAUGGCUUAUGAGAAAGGAACAGAACAGAAGCCAAUGCUCUUCCGGGCACCAGGUGGGCAGAGUCCGUGCUUAGACUGUGGCUUCUCCCCGUCACUCUAGUUGCUGUUGGCAUGGUGACCAGUCCCCACAAGGUGAGGUGAUGGGUUCCCAGAAGACCUGCUAUGACCAAGGUUUGCCUAGGGCCGAGUCUAAGCUCUCUAGAAAAUGCCAGAAUGGGGCCUGCGAAAACUUUUGCUUUAAUUUUUAACGAAAAACAGGUAACCAGAGGACUCGGGCUCUGACAUGCCGUGGACAGCAAGGUGAGGAGCUAGGUACAAAGGGUAGCAGCCUGCAGAGUUGGUGGGGCUUGGCCUUGGCCCUAUCUUCCCAUGCCUCAGCAGAAGGAUAUGGGGACACUUCUGUACAGCCUCCAGGAGGGGCAUAGACAACGACAGCCCAGGUGGGUGCUCAUGGGACCUGUGAUGAGCAGAGACAGGCAGGAGGCAGCGUUGCCUUAGCCCUGAUCCGGCAAGGCAUCUGGCAAACGAAUUUAACGAAUCUGGCACCAGCAGACACAGGAGGUUUUCACCUCUCUUUAGCUCAGGAACAGGCUCUUCCAGGCCACCUCCCACCAAAGGAGCAGAAAUAAUCAGGUCCCCCCACCCACCAGAGGGUGUCGUUGCAAUCCAAAACAUCUUAAGAGGUGGUCUGAAACCACAAUCCUAGCCACCACCCAGAGUAAUAGAAUAACCUCUCAGAGCACUGGGGGCAAAGGUGACGAUAAUUUCAUAUGGACCAAUGAAUUAGAAAGUGUAAGGAAAGAAAUGACCAUCCUGGAGAGGGCGGGGGGGAUUGUGGGAGGGGUUUACCGGGAGUGGAAACAGUGAGCGGGAUGUAAAGUGAAUAAGUAAAUAAAUAAGUUAAUUAAAAACGUUGUGUCUGACUGACCCUCUCUUAGGAACCAGAACUGAACGGAUGCAUAGGACAUCAUUCUAGCUGGUGAUAACAGAAGCAAGCCCCCAAAGCUGGUCAACCGCCUUGUCUUAAACUGAAGUAAGGCAGCCGACAUCUGAUGGGGGAUGUGACUGUACUUGCCCUGGAAGGACUCCAAUCAGGGGGUAGCUGAGGACAGGGUGACACAGGUAUGCAAAAGCCACAUCCUAGGUGCAGGCAGAGAGCUGAAAGAGGGUCUUGCCCACAUGACACGUGGUAGGGGAUACACUUCAUACCCUACGGACUAUUUAAUCCCCAAUUACAUGUACAUUUACUGCUCACUAAAAGCAAAACCAAGAUGCGCUUACUUUCUUAAAAAGGAAGUUAAAAGUGCAAGAAGCUGACUUGGGAGGAUCUGACGGCUUCUCCCUUAGUGGCUUUAACCCCAAGUAUAACUGAGCCCUAGCUACCCAGGAUGUGCUUCGAGGGAGGCAGGAGGGCACACUUACUCUUAACACAGGUGGCGAAAUUUGGGUUUUUAUCUUCGGGCCGGCCAUAUUUCCUCAUGCACUCUGCAAGAAACAGACAGCACAGUCACUCUUUUCGUCCCUGGGGUGGAGCAAGCGUCCGAGUCAGGGCCAGAGGACACAGUUUCUUUUCACCCAGACACCGUGGAUCUCCAGAGAGUGUGUGGUCUGCCCGUCAGUAUAGAGCACCUGAGUCCAGAACCGAUGAGUGCUGGACUCUCCCAUCACAUAGACCAUCAAGAGCUGCGGUGCAAGUGUGAUUGUGGCCAAAGCCGAACUUCAAGCUGGCAAUGGUCCAGGCCAGACUAAGGAUACUGUUCUUACUCUGAAGGCAGAAGCACUCGUAAGGCACCUUAAGCCUGCAGGGUACUAGACCUGGCACACAUGUGUUCUUCAAGGGGAGCCAGGAGCACGACAUUAGAACACACACAACACAUGAUGGCUGUGUAUACCGGUGCUCAGCCAUUCUGUCUGACCCAUCAGUAGGCCACUGUUGAAUGUCCGCGUGUGGGAAGACAGUGUGCAUCACACACGCAUGUGUAGGUGGACUAGCUCCCUCUGCUUUGGCACUGGAGAUGGCCCAAAGCUUUUGGGCUGGUGCAGGGCCUCAGAGGACACCCUGAAUGAAUGUGUAUUGUGACAUGGGAUCUCUGAUGACUGCAAGGCCAACUGACCCAUGGGAAACUGGUAAAGCCAUCGCCCAUUAUCAAGAGGAAUGGUGACGCUUUCUUGGGGUUCUGAAAAUGAGUGUUCACGGAUGAUGGAUCGGUGCACGUAAAGACCAGCAACUGUGGUUUCUUCCUUCUGUAUGUACAGCCUGAUAUCUACAGAGACUUCCUACUGAGACUAGCCAGUCUCUCCCCUGUGUUAUAUCUAAUAAAUACACCGAGGCUCUGGGUUGUA